CUAUCGUAUACAGGUGUGAGAAGUUAAAACGUGUAGUCGGAGGGUGUGUUAUAAAGAACGGCAUUUUGUUAUUUCAACAACUUCGUGCGUGUGACUUUAUGUUAUCUCUAGCUGUUGCUGUGACGCUGAUGUUAGCCUAGCUAGCACAACAUCUACUAGCUUACCAGCUAGCUGCGUCUUGAGUUGCUGUGAUUUUUAUCCUAACAAGCGCUGCAGCAUUCGGAGAGAAACCAGAGGAACAUGACGCAGAUCGGCAGCUUUCAGUCAUGGUGCCUGGGUGUAACGUUACCGUUGAUGUUAGCUGCUGUCCUGCACCAGGGAUUUGCUGCUGUUGCACCACCCACGACUACACCACCAACAACUACACCAACAACUGCUGCACCACACAAAGAUCCUGGCAGACCUGAAAGAGGAACCUACCAGGUCGCCAGCAGUAAUGGUACCGUUUGUUUAAAGGCAUCAAUGGGCCUCCAGCUCAAUGUCACUUAUGUGUCCCAGAAUAAGCCUGUGCAGGAUAUUGUGAACCUACAACCCAAUGAGACAAAGAGCUCUGGGUCUUGUGGCUCAGACAGUGCAUCCCUGCAGCUCACAGAUGCAGGGAAAACAAACCUCACCUUUUUCUUCACCCUGAAUACUACAACCAACAAGUACCAUCUGAGUGAAGUGUUUCUGUCAGCAUCUUGGCCAGACAUGAAAGAGACCUUCUCAGCCCAUAACCGCAGUCUGGACUACCUGCGGGGCACCCUGGGCAACUCCUAUGUGUGUCGCAUGGAGCAAACUCUGAAUGUGACACAGAAUUUUUCCAUCAACAUCUUCCAGGUGCAAGUGCAGCCCUUUGGCCUCACUGGGGAUAAGUUUGGAGCAGCUGAGGAAUGUCAGUUGGAUGAAGAUGACAUGUUGAUCCCAAUCAUAGUUGGAGCAGCUUUAGCAGGUCUUGUGAUCAUUGUGCUCCUGGCCUACCUCAUUGGCAGGAAGAGGAGCCAUGCUGGCUACCAAACCAUCUAAGGUGGCUCGUCACUCACAUGUCCCCAGACGCCAGAGUGCAAAAUCCUACCCUUGAAACUGACCUCUCUUUUGAGACUGACACCGACACCCUGCCUCUGUGUGUGUAGUAACACUAUUUAUUCUCACUUCCUGCUCCUUCAUAACGGUGACUUAGUUUUGAUGAUUGUAAUGGAAUGAGGUAAAGUUGAGGGUCCAUGAGUCCUCAGCUUGUAUUGUUUGAAAUCUGUGAAAGCAGAAUUAUGAGCUCUGAGGGAAUUGUUAUUGUAGCUUUUCAUAGGUUUGACCUUUUUGUAGUGGGUCUUGCAACUCUCUGUAUUUAACACUGUAUGAAAAUACCAAAACACUUAACCCGAUCUUGUGAUGAAAUGCUUUAGUAAACAUUUAGGAAUUUUGUCCACUGGAAUUGAA